CUUCCGUUUCAGCGCUUUCCUAUGCAAAGUAUCGCUAGCUUAACAGAUUUAAUAAUCAAUGUUGUGGCAACAUUUUCCUAAUUUGUUAAGCGAUCAGAGUGGCAGGUCAGUGCCACACCCUCAAACUAUUCUUGAGUGGGAGGAUGAUAUGAAAAAGUGGCCUCAUAUUACAUAUGAGGACAUUUUUAACUAUGUAGUAUUGUCACUCGGUGCGGAUGGAUCUACGAUGCGCAACUACAAGAGUACAGAGGCGUAUCAGUACCUCCACAGCGGAAAAGUUGGCAAGGUGUUAAUCAGUAACAACAUCAACGAUCUGAUAUUCCUGAAAGCUGAUGUCAACCCAAGCCAAAGCAAAUCCGACGCUCAUUCGGCAUGGAUCCUGACCACAUCAACCGGCACUGUUGAGACGGCCGGGUGCACCUGUGUUGCGGGUUUGGGGAAAUCCUGCAGUCAUGCUGCAGCGAUUUUAUGGAAGGUGCAGUAUGCUGUGUCGAAAGGUCUCACUGGAUGGUCCUGCACAGAUGAGCAGCGGCACUGGAAUUCAGGCACACAGCGCAAUUUAGUCCCUAAAAGGUUGAACAAUAUAAGUUUUCAGCAUCACAGAGAAAGUUCUGAUUUCUCAGAGAACAUCCACCCCAUAUCACCUUCUCUACCGCCAACCCCUGCCUACACCUCUCAUGAAGCCUUGAAGGUGAGUUUAGAGGCUGCCAGUAUUCCACUGGGCAGCCUUCUGCACAAAUGCAUUUCUGCUGUCCCAGACCAAGUUGUAGCAGCACACACACAGCUCCAGCAGCCUCAUGAUGAACAUGGUACUGACAAACGUUGCCAGAAAUGCAUGGCAUUUUAUGACAGGUACAUUAAAUUAGAUGGGGAUAAAUGUGCUGUUUUGGAGGAGUUGACUAAAAUGCAGAGUGCAUCCCACUUAUGGUUUGAUGCACGUAAAUUAAGAGUAACUGGUAGCUCUGCGAAAAAGGUCCCUGUACGUGCCUCUACUAGGCCAGAAAAUUUUCUUAGAGAACACCUGUUUCCUAGGUUCCAUGGGAACACUGCAACCAGGUAUGGCCAGGAGAAUGAGAAGGUGGCCUAUGCAUGGCUGGAAAGCUGUGGGUUUGUGGUAGAAAAGAGGGGCACCGUAGUGAGUGUCACAGAACCAUGGCUUUCUGCAAGCCCCGAUGGUGUCGUUAAUUCGACAGAGCUGCUGGAGAUUGAAUGUCCAGUUCUGACCAAAAACUGUGCAUCUCUGGCUGAUGUUUUUUCCAGCAAGUUCACAGAUGUGAAGAUG